ACGUCUUUGGGGUUUGAUGCAGGACUAAUAUCACCGAUUGUGUGUACGAAGUUAUCGCCAUGUCGAGGGAGUCCAUUAGGGCAGGAAAGUCUCGCGUCGGUAUCGGCAUCGGCAUCGGCAUCGGCGAAUGCCCCGCGUUUGGCGCCAAGCUCGCUGCCUCUAUGGGCGAUGGCUUCCUUCUGGUUUUGCUUGACAUUUUGAGGUUAUUCCGCUUCCCAUUUCCCAUUUCCAUUCCCAUUCCCGUUUACUUCGCAGGCAUGGACGCCCGUCUGUUUCUGUCAUGCCGGGUUGAUGCUUCAUGCUGGCGGUUGACGUCUUUGCAUGCGUUCAACUCCAACUUCAACCUGACUUCACCUUCCAAGAAGGGAGUUAAGCAAAGUCAAUUCUCACCGACAACGACCGCACCACGACCCCCAGGAAGCGUGUCGCCCUUCAUCGGUAGAGGUGCUGUCAUCUCCUAUCUCCCAGCAUCAAAGCAACAACGGAGUACUCGGCUGGGUAAAUGAGAGUUUCGCCAGAUAACAGACGCAGGCACGAUCACGAUCACGACCACAGUCAGGACCAACAAGAACAAGAACAAAGGAAGUUCAUCAACAAAA